CUGAAUGAAGCUUGCAGACCGAGGUUUGAGAACUGCUGCUUUAGACCAAUACGACUACAACCUGGAUACCUGAUCCUUUCUUUUAGGAAUUUGGAUCUGAUGACAGAUCUGGAAUUUUGAUCCUAAAAUAGAUCCUUUCUUUCAGGAACUUUGAAUCUAUGAUCAGCUUCCAAACAAAGACCACAAAAAGAGAGAGGAACAAAAGGGCGAUAAUUCCAUUGGCGCUGAAUGCAGCGAACCAAGAAUCAUGGAUCUGAAAUUCAACUCUUCAAGGAAAUACAUUUCUAUCACUGUACCUUCCAAGUCGCAAGCUAUGUCGCCUCAUAUCAAGUCCAUAGAUGAUGUUGUUGUUCUUGGCAUGAAUCUCAGCAAAUUUAACAAACCUACUCAGUUCUUCAUAUGUGUUUCUGGAGUUUUUAUGUUUUAUCUAAUCUAUGGAUAUUUACAGGAACUGAUAUUUUCAGUGGAGGGUUUUAAGCCCUUUGGUUGGUACCUUACAUUAGUACAAUUUGGGUUUUAUUCCAUUUUUGGACUAAUAGAACUUCAGCUUAUUCAGGACAAAAGGAGACGAAUUCCUGGCAAAACCUACAUGUUGAUAGCCUUUUUAACAGUGGGUACUAUGGGUUUAUCAAAUACCUCACUAGGAUAUCUAAACUAUCCUACUCAAGUCAUCUUCAAAUGCUGUAAACUUAUUCCAGUUAUGAUAGGAGGAGUCUUUAUACAAGGAAAACGUUAUAAUAUUGCAGAUGUGUCUGCUGCAAUGUGUAUGAGUCUCGGCCUAAUAUGGUUUACUUUAGCUGACAGCACAGUCGCACCAAAUUUCAACUUGACAGGUGUGGUCCUUAUAUCCCUUGCCCUCUGUGCAGAUGCCGUUAUAGGAAAUGUACAGGAAAAAGCUAUGAAGUUGCACAAUGGUUCCAAUUCAGAAAUGGUUUUGUAUUCCUAUUCAAUUGGUUUUGUGUACAUUUUAUUGGGAUUGAUAUGCAUUGGUGGAUUAAGUCCUGCGAUAACAUUUUGCUCGAAGCAUCCAGUCCAGACUUAUGGUUAUGCAUUCUUCUUUUCACUUACUGGGUAUUUUGGAAUAUCCUUUGUUCUAGCUUUGAUUAAAAUCUUCGGUGCCCUGCUGGCUGUAACAGUAACAACAGGAAGGAAAGCGAUGACCAUAGUGCUUUCUUUUUUGUUCUUUGCAAAGCCAUUCACGUUCCAGUAUGUAUGGUCAGGUUUAUUAGUCGUCGCUGGCAUAUUUCUCAAUGUUUACAGUAAGAAUAUGGAUAAAUUCAAGCUACCUUCAAUACGCAGUCUUUGGAGCAAAACUCUGGAAGAAAGAAAAACAAGGACAUUGUCACAAACUGUGUAGACAGUGGCUUAUGCUAAAUCUUGAAUCUGACUUAUUAUUUUAUUGAAACAGUCUUUAACUGAUACAUUUUCCAAAGGGAACAUUAAAACCAAAGGAGUUGAAGACAUUGUCUGCUUUGAAGAUGGGUAGAAAUGAAAAUUACGCGAGCCCUCUCUUCAGAGCACUUGAAUUCCUCUUCUAAGGUGUUAUAGGCCAUUGUCACAAGGCAUUAUCAAGGUAAUGAAGGACAGUGGCUCCUGGUAAACUGCUGAGAAACUGCACUCCAAAUGGGACACAGUGGGAGAUUAAUUUGGGCAUUUUAAUAAUAAUAGCUGUGGCUGAUUUAAAAUUAGCAAUUCUUUGUCUUUAGUAAUUGUUUGGGUGGGGUUAUUUAUGCAGUACUAUAUUAACUUUUAAUAGAAUCAAAUCAGUGAUUGAUUUAAACAAAUUGAGGUUUUAAAGCUGGAUGGUUUAGAAUAUGGUAUACCAUGAAUUUUUUCAUUUUAAAUAAAAAUCUGGGUUUUUUUAUGUUCUUCAUCA